AUGAGCCGAACAGGCGUUAGGGGUAACCUCUUAAAAUGGAUUCAAAGUUUCCUAUUAGGCCGUUGUCAAACUGUCCAUGUCGGUGGCCAGAAGUCGACGAAGGUUGCCGUUGAAAGCGGUGUUCCCCCAGGGUCAGUUCUUGGUCCUACUUUGUUCAUCAUUUACGUCAACGAUUGCGUAAGUGAACAGGAUUGUGCUGUCGCCAAUUUUGUGGAUGACAUUAAGCUCUGGAGCGUCAUUCGAACUGCAGAUGACGAAGAGCAUCUGCAGGCGAACCUAAAUCGACUCCAACAGUGGUUAAAGGCCUGGCUUCUGCCGUUCAACGAGAAAAAGUGCAAUAUUCUACGAGUCGGCAGAGCUCGCUCUCCGAACCAUAUGGCCUACUGCCUAAAUGGUAUACCACUGCAAGAAUUGGACUCGCAGAAGGACUUGGGAGUAUGGAUUACGACCUCGCUCAAACCCUCGCUGUUCUGCACGAAGAUAGCCAAGUCUGCAAUGUCAGUCCUCUACCUUGUCAAGCGGACUUUCUCUGCCUUUGACGAAGACUGCUUCGCUAAAGUCUUUCAAGCUUUUGUGCGUCCGCAACUAGAAUUUGCUAUCCAAGCUUGGAGACCCUGGACCGCGAAGGACCUCAGCAUCCUUGAAAGGGUUCAAAGGCGUGCAACGAAACUUGUGGCAGGACAGGGUUCACUACCAUAUGCAACGCGGUUAGCUAACCUUGAUCUCUUUCCCUUGAGUUACAGGCAGUUACGGGGUGACCUGAUACAAGCCUUCCGUAUCAUACGCGGUCAGGACUGCUGCCUCGUACCGGGUGAAUUCUUCGAGUUAGCAACCACCACAAAUCUACGAGGCCAUCCAUCCAAACUACGUGUGACAGCGGCCAGACUGGACACACGAAAGUUCUUCUUCUCCAACAGAGUGCUAGAAGCCUGGAAUGCCCUGCCGGUGGAUGUCGUUAUGUCUGCUUCCGUCGAGGUAUUUAAGAGUAAGCUGGAUUUGUGUAGCAGUGUGCACUAA